CAUUUGUUUGCUAAUUAUAGAUGUUUCAAUACAGAAAACAAUGCUUUAUAUAAGAAUAAUAAAUUGUUGGACGAAAAUGUAGCAUACGAAACAGAAUAUUAUUACAAAAAGGAUAAAGAAUUAUUAGAAAUACUUAAACGAAAAACGCAAAACGAAGUUAAAAACAUGCAAAAGGAGGUUAACAUAAUGCGUAAUAAAAUCGAAGAAUACAAUCGAGAUAUCAAUGAAAAUCUUCGAUUUUUACAAAAUUUAGAAAAGAAUACGACGUCACAUAAGAAGGAAGAUACUUAAUAAUUCUUAUUUAAAAAAAAUGAUUGAAUUUCAAAUAUACACACACA